UGAAAAUACAACAAUAAAAAACGAUAAGAUAUUUUUGAGACUUAUUUCAUUAAACAUUGACCAUUAAAAUUAAUAGAAAAACUAAAAAAUACAACCUCCAGUAUGAUUGUUGACCACUACAGUGUCCAUCAAUUAUUACCAACACCGUACCAUAUAAUCGAUCGCGGGCCACUCGCAGCAUACACACCGUGCCUUCUUUCCCAGCAACACGUCGAAAAAUCCUCACAAACUCAAAGAAAAAUUGAACCAAAUUGUGAAUUUUUAACAUUUUCGACAAAUUCAAAUAUUUUUAAAAACAACAAAUACCCUAAAACUAACAAUGAAGCAUCAGCAAGUUAAUGUGGAUUAUUGGGCAAUGGGGAAAGCUAUGCUGGUGUACGCAGCAAUGACAGCGGUGGGCUGGCUUAUUUUACGUACUUUUAAUACGUUUUUCAUGCUGCCUAGAAGAAUGAGGACACAGCAGGAGAACAUUCAAAAAACGUUGCAAGAGAUGCAGAGGCGAUUCCCGGAUCUAAACAUCACCGAAGAAGACUUGAAAAACGCAGAGAAAGAGUUAGACGAACUAAUCAAAGAGGACGGACAGAAGAAUAAGGCUGAAAGCGACUCGACAGAAGAAAUGCCUGCAAUCGAACAAACAAAGAAAACUAUUUAAAAAUUUAUCGUAACAAUUAAUUUUUAAAAUCAAUAUUCGUUCUCACCUUGUACAAGUAAUCAAUAAGCAAUUAUUCAAUACGCGAUGCGUCUUACAUUAAUUACGAUAUUAAUUCUUUAUUAAAAAUAUUACGUACGCUACAACUCUAUAGGUAAUAUAAUCUAUAUAUUAAUACGUGAAGCAAAAACUUUGUAUCCCUUUUUAAGAAAAUUGCGCGGACGGAGGAGUAUGAAAUUUUCUACACUUAUAGAGAAUAUAGAGAAGAUGUGCACAAUGCUAAUAUUUUUUUUUAAAUAAUUCAUAUAAGAUACAUUAAAUCAAUAAAGAAAACAUUACACACACUACAUACCAUGUAUUUGACGCACCCACGCAUGCAUACUAUUUAUUGUCAAACUUUUGUUCUUGACGUCUGUUGUCAAAUUGAGAAUAGAAUAUGGUUUGUCUUUGUUAAUAUUUUUUAUAGUGUAGUCUUGUGAUUAGAGAAGUAUAAAAUACAAUCUUAAUAGUGUACAAACUUACAAUUCCAAUUAAUUAUAGUCGAAUUUCGACUACUGCGGGACCUCUAGUACAUAUAAAUUCUUUAAGUAAUACUUGUUAUCUA